GGUUGAUCCAAUUUAGAGGUGGAUGAGUUUCACCCCCCCAUACACACACACACACACUACGUGUUCACAACAGCAGCAAAAUGAAUUUUUCACAUGCACAUUAAUUGUCAUGGAAACCUCACGCAGAAAACGGAUGGAUCAAACUGAUCACAAAAUACAGACACGACCCAAAUAAAAAAAACAGUUUGGGUUCAAAACGUUCCCGCCUGUGGUUUCCUGUCUCACAGCAGGCAGGCAGACAGGCAGAUGGACAGACAUGGGGUGCUGCGCCCUCUCUCACCCAUCUGCUGGUGUUUUAAGCACACAGCACGCUCACUGAUCUGCUAAUAAAACAGAUACCUGAAUGACUUGUGAUGUCAGCGAGGGCUCAAGUGAGUGGGUGGGGAUGAUGAUGCUGUGAAUGGUGAUGGGAGAGGAGGAGGGGGAGGGGUGAGUGUCUGGACCCUCUCUUAGAGCCUCCUUUUUUCAAUUUCAAACUCCACCAUCCACACAGGGAGGAGAAGGAGGAGGAGGAGAGGAUAAAUGAAACAUUUUCUGUGACCACAUGUUGCCGUGCCUGACUGAACUGCUGCAGCAGCAGCCGCCUUCUCCUCUGCAGCCACUGCAUGUGUAGUUCCUGCCACCUGUGGCAGCUCCCUCCUUGCCUCUACGCAACAACGAACGCAGAGAAAGAAAAAAAUAAACAGCAGCUAAAGGUAGGAGAGGAGGCGGAAUCUUCCAGGAUAAGGAGACUCGGGAUAGAAGGAGAGCCCUGCUGCAGUUGACACAGAUGAAAGAAUCUUGAAGCCAGCACGAUGCCUGGACUCGUUAAUAAAGAGACCUGGUGCGCUUUGCCGCUCAGCAUGUCUGACAUCACUUCCUGUGUCAGAGGUUAUACUCUAGCUCUGACAGCCUCUAUGACCUAUGAGAACAUGGACGAUCAUGCAAUUGAAGGAAUCUUUAUAUAUCCACUGGAGGAAAAUUCCAUUGUUGUGGGGUUUGAGGCUAUGAUCUCCAGUCAGAUCAUAACACUGCAAAUAAAAGCCAAGACAAAAAUUGAUGACUGCUAUGCGGACAGCUGCCACACCACUAACGGAGCUCUGCAGAGCGGCACCGGCCACAUUCUGAUGGAUGAGGAUUUCGAGAGGACAGUGCUGGUGGUAAACCUUGGAAUUAUCCCUCCAAUGGAGACGGUCCACAUCCUGGUCAGUACUUCCUCAGAACUCUCCACUCUACCCAGCGGAGGCAUCAAAGUAUCAUCCCCAUCAGUGUGCACACCUCGGGUACAGAGGACGAUCAACGAAGAGCAAGGGUUGUCCCCAAACUUCUCCCGAACGCGUGAAAGAAGCACCUGUUCUUCAUGUCCUCAAGGUCAAAACCCAAAUAUUCCUCAGCUGUGGUUGGCUUCACUAUUAGAGGAAGAGGCCAUCAACUCCAUGGACUAUGAGUUUAACUUCCAGCUGGAAAUACGGGCCCCCUAUCUCCUUGCAGGUGUAGAGAGCCCUUCUCAUGCCAUCCGAGCUGAUGCUGACCCCCUCGCCCGCUCUGCCACGAGCGUUGUCAUCACACUAGCUGACAAGUACACCUACGACUGCCCUGUGGAAAUCCUCAUCUACCCCAGCGAGCCCCAUGUGCCCCACGUGCUAGUUGAGAAUGGAGACAUGACGCAGGAGGAGUAUGACGAGUAUCUUCACAGUCGGACUGAUUUCAUCAAAGCCACCAAGAAGGACUCCAGCAAUCAGAGGAAAGUAGAGAUUAUCCACAGACGGCUGCAUAAGGACAUCCUCCACAACCCUGUGGUCAUGUUGAACUUUUGUCCCGAUCUCAAAUCCGUCUGCUCAGACCUGAGAAAAAUUCACGGGGAAUUCAUCUUCCUCAUUGACCGAAGUGGCAGCAUGAGCGGAGUCAAUAUCCAUCGUGUGAAGGAUGCCAUGGUGGUCAUUCUCAAGAGCCUGGUGCCUGGCUGCCUUUUCAACAUUGUUGGCUUUGGGUCCACGUUCAAAUCUCUCUUCACAAGCAGUCAGAACUACGAGGAGGAGGCUGUGGCCCAAGCUUGUGAUUACAUCAGGAGAAUCAGAGCAGACAUGGGGGGCACCAACAUCUUGGCACCGCUCACCUGGAUUCUCAGGCAGCCGAUGAUCAGCGGACACCCCAGACUGCUGUUUCUCCUGACGGACGGCGCCGUCAGCAACACAGGCAAAGUUAUCGAGCUGGUCCGAAGCCAUGCACGCUAUGUCAGAUGUUUUACGUUCGGCAUAGGCCAGAAUGCAUGCAAGAGGCUGGUGCAGGGCCUGGCGACAGUUUCCAAAGGAACAGCAGAGUUUCUGGCGGACGGAGAGAGGCUGCAGCCCAAGAUGAUAAGGUCGCUAAAGAAGACCAUGUCUCCGGUUCUCAGUGACAUUUCCAUCGAGUGGCUCUUCCCAGAAACCAAAGAGGUGCUGCUGUCUCCAGUUGGCAACACCUUCCUUUUCCCAGGGGACAGCCUCAUUGGCUACAGCGUGGUGUGUGACACCACCCGUUACCACGACAACCCCAAAUCAGACAAGAGGAGGCGAUACAGCAUGAUGCGCUCCGUUGAGUCAGCCAGCUCGGUGUUUUACCACUCUCAGGAAGAGGAGCAGGGAAAGAUGGGUGUCGACAGCCAGGGGUCCCAUAGAGAAACCACCUCUGGCAUGCUGAAUGAUUCCUACCAGGACUCUGCGACAGACAGUGGGUUCGCCAUCACAGAGCAAGACAUCAUGGACGAAACAUCACCAAGGAGGCGUGCUUACAGCACAAAUCAGAUCACAGACUACAACCCAAGAAAAACCUACACAUCCAGCGAUCCCAGCUCCAUGGUGCCCAAGAAUCCACUGAGGAGGGCCAAAGUCCAGGAGCUGACGGGUCAGAUGGGCCCAGAGCAUGAAGCCCUCUGGAAGAAUGACUACCAGGUUGCUAGCUUGUGUGGGACAUCUCUGAGAGGGCGACCAGCCAGCUGUCACAUGACUCUCCCUCAGCAGGGGCCAUCGCUGCAGCAGGAAGACGACCCCGAGCUUCAUCUCCAGAACCAACAGCAGCACGGCGCGCAACCCGGCGACAGCAGUGCGGCGCCUGCAGCUCGUAACCCCCUCGGGGACGAUGGGUCCAGAUCAUCAACAGACAGUCCCUCUGUUGGCAGUGUUGGAGACACUGAUGGAUAUGGACACCAGUUUUGUCAAGCAGAACAAGAGGCUCAAACCUCAGAGCUGAGUGGUGCCAGCCAGCACAAAGGGGACUGCAAGGCAGUGGUGUCAGGACUGCUGUGUGGGAAACCCCAGAGGUGGGAGGUGGCCUUCGACAUCAAGCCAUACCUAAGUGGUCGGGAGCGUGAGGAAAAGGUUCACGAGGAACUGUGGAACGAGACCUUCCACUACCUGGCUGGGUGCUCCAUCAUACGGGACUUUGAGCACAUGGUGGAUCGGGAGUCUGAGAUAGAGCACGGAUCUGGGAGGAAGUACCAGUUAUAUGCCAUUCACUCUAGCAAAGCCUGCAACAUACUGAGCAAAUACACCGCAUUUGUUCCCAUUGACCUGGACACCAAUGAGUAUUUGCAGACGUGUGUUGAAUACAUAAACACCAGUCAGAAGAGGGGCUCCAGGUCUCGAUCGGGGAGCCGAAAGAGCCGCGGGUACUCCAUCGGACUGGGUCGCUCUCAUUCCGGUGGAAUGUCAGAAGAAGCUGAAGAUAUUUUGCUGCUUAACAGUGCAGAAGAUGGCAUGUCUCCAUGCAGCACCCCGUCCUCCGCUGGCUGGGAGAAAUGCAGCUUCACUGAGGUGGCCCAAAGGAGUCCAUCUGUGACCUCCGACCAAUCACAGAAGUCAUUGGAGAGUCUUUUCUCUGCAAGGCUGGCCCUCAGCAGGACCCGCCUUCUGACUCGAGCUGCCAAAGGAUUCAUGUGCCGAUCACACAGCAAGUCCGGUGAUUCAAUCGGAGAAAGUGAAAAUGAGAGCAAAGACUACAUCCCUCUGGUGUUGUUGCAGUUAGCUAGUGGUGCAUUUCCCCUGGACCUGGCUCUGUGUGAAGCCAUUAACGUGCCGAUGGACAAGCUGAAAUGGACUUCUCCAUUCUCCAGCCACCGUACGAGUCUGGGCCACCUGUCGCACUCCAGCAGCCGCCGUGCUGACAGUGCCGAUGGCGGGUCCAGAUCACUUUUGGAGCCAGAAACAUAUCAACAAGCUGCAGAGCAGGUUGCUGGCAUCAACAGUCCCUCUCUUACGUCGGGGAACGUGGGGUCGCACUCUGUUCCCUCCUCGUUUGCCAGCCAGCCUCCUGCCGUCGAGCCCCUGCUUCCCUCCCAGGUGGAUAGAGCGCGGACCUCUUGGCCAGGGGGCUCGGAAACCAUAUUACCUGGAGGCGUGUUGACGAGGAUGCUGGAUCCAGAGAGCAUGGUGUGGGCGACGGCCGUGGCCCUAGCCUGGCUGGAGCACAGCUCUGCCAGCUAUUUCACAGAGUGGGAACUAGUGGCUGCCAAAGCCAGCAUGUGGCUGAGUGCACAGGAAAUCCCAGAGGGGAAAGAUUUAGCCUCCAUCAAGGCUGCAGCCAAUCAGCUAUUCAUCAUUCUCAGACACUGGGAUGAGAACCUGCAGCUCAACAUGCUCUGUUACAACCCCAACAGUGUCUGAGGCCUACCAGUAAGGGACUCAGCACCAUAUGAUACUAUGCUAGCGGAGGCUGUACCAUUAUCUCCUCAGCAGCUGAAGCUCUGGAGUCUGGUUUUUGUUGCAGUAGUGAACUCGGUGUGUUUCAGUUGAUUUGUGCUGUUCCUCCAAACAUAUCACAGGCUCUUCAGAGACGCUUUGUUUAAGCUGUUGCGUCAUCUGGUGCUGAACAGGUGCAGGAUGUGUCAGAGGUAUGCUACAUAUGUUAAAGUCAAAGCAUAUUCACAAAGUUCACAGAAAAAAAACAACUAUUGUUGUCAUAUGGAUGUUGUGGGCAGAAUGCACAAAAUACUAGUUUAAAAAACUUAAACUGAUUUGUUGUCAUGUGCUAUUAUUAUGUAUUUACUGGUUUUGGCGAUUGGUGGUAUAUAAAAAACGAACAAAAAUCAAUUCUACAGAUGCAUCUUGGUCCUAAAGCCUGUCUCUCACUGGACUGUAGUGUUAUUAGCAGUCAUGAACAGCAGCCAAGAGAACACGAGGACUACUGUUUUGCUCUCGACUGAAACUAUACAACAGCACAAGUGUGGUGGUGCUUGUCAGGCAGGAGCAUCCAGUGAUGCCAGGGCUCUAGAGUGUUUCUUAUGACCUGUCAUCAGGUCACCGAGGUCGUCUUGUUUAGGAAAGUUCUGCUACCAGUCUUGACCAACCGCACCCCCCUUUUACACUUUUGUGUUUAGUUCCAGCCCAGUGAGAUACUGAACUAACUAACAAUUGGCUCACUCUUCCCUCACGUCCACGAGCAUCAUGGUCCUCUUUGGUUGAAUUGUAGCAGACAUAAAAAUAUGCAAAGAGAAGAAGAAAAUCCUGCAUAUGUGUGUUGAUAAGUAUAUAUAAAUAUUUCUUAUGUGUGGUAUAAAUGGAAGUUUGUGCAUUUGUAUCCUAUUGACUUGUAGUUUAUUAUUAUUUAAUGAUACAAAUAAUGGUUUGAAAUUUUGCUUCAAUCUGUUUCAAAGUGGAAAGUCCGGUCGUGUUGAAGUAUUUUUUUUAAAUCAAAAGAAGCUCACAAACAUUUGAGUGUUUAACAAGUUCAAAAUUAAACUAGAUAGAAACAAAAGGUUUACAAUGUGAGCUGAACAGCUGCACCAAACAAUUUGAUUUUCAUGCAAAAGUAAUCAUUAUUAAUUAAUUGUUCCUAGCCUGGGUCUACUAGAACUAGCUAUAGGGUAGGGUACCUAAAAUACUAAACAUGAACAAAGUUUCGUUGAAAAAUAGUCUUUUUUUUUUAUGAAACAAGGAAAAGAACCACAGGGUUAAGAUUUGACAGAUGCUGAGGUGGGACUCUAACACUGAUGAGAAGUGUAGGUGUACUGGUAACUUAUACAUCGGAUGAACUUUUAGGUAAACCAGAACAUCAAAAUAAGUUGACAUAUGGAAAUAUGCAGCAAACUGGAGCUGUGGUCGACAGUUCAGAGAAUGACUCGUGUUGAUUUUCACUGUUUUCUGCUUUGGUAUUUAGAGAUCUUUCUGUCAGAUGUUUCUAUGGUUACAGAAGUAUACUUCCCAUCAUUUCAUGCUUUAAAGGCUUUUGUUGAUAAUAAGGCCCUAGGCAUGAUGGGUGCAUCACUUCAUCUGCCUCUCUUCUUACCCUGAUGCACCAUCGCUCUGGAACACGGUCCAUUUGGACUCACCAGACCAGUUUUAACAGUGCGUUGGACAGUUCUGAUCCCAUUAUAGUUGUUUCUGUAAUCUCCUUAGAUGUUUCCUCUGCUUGAUGCAUGCCAAUGAGCUGACCCUUCUCACACAGACAAACAUCAUCUUUUCCACGAUCACCAGAUGUGACUUUCCACAUGGUUGCUUAAAAAAUGAGAAGCAACUCUUUGCACCAGUUGGGGUUAAACAACUUGUUGCAGUAAUUGUCCAAUAGGAGGCUCGUACCUGUUUGCUUACUUAAAUCCAGGUGGCUGGGCAAUGCAAUUUCGACCGACCGACCGACCGUCCGUCCGUCCACUUAUCCGAAGUCGGGUCGCGGGGGCAGUAGCCUAAGUCGAGAGGCCCAGACUUCCCCCUCCACCAGCCACUUGGGCCAGCUCCUCCUGGGGAAUCCCAAGGCGUUCCCUGGCCAGGUGAGAGACAUAGUCCCUCCAACAUGUCCUGGGUCUACCUUUAGGUCUCCUCCCAGUUGAACAUGCCUGGAAAACCUCACCAGGGAGGCAUCCAGGAGGCAUCCUGACCAGAUGCCCGAGCCACCUCAACUGGCUCCUCUCGAUGUGGAGGAGCAGCAGGUCUACUCCGAGCCCCUCCCGGAUGAUCGAGCUUCUCACCCUAUCUCUAAGGGAGAGCCCAGCCACUCUUCGGAGAAAACUAAUUUCGGCCGCUUGUAUCCACAAUCUCAUUCUGCAAUUUCUACCAUGAUCCUCCAUCUUCUAGACAUCUGCAGUUCGCUCUGACAUCACCUUCUGGACCAGAUUCAAAUUGAUGGAGCUCAUUCUUCAUCCUCAGUGAUAGGAUUUCUUAAAAGGAGACAUGUUAUGACUUUUGUAGAUUUAUGACAGUUAUGCAGUCUAGAGAAAUGACUUCCCUCUGUUUAUCAGCCCUCCUAUCCCUGGACCUUUAGCAGAACGUCCAUCUGUCCCUGAUGUUUGUCUCUGAGAGAAGUGUCUUCUUUGCUUCCCUACCAGACACCAGGCCGUCCUCCAAAAGUCUUCUCCUCGCUGAAGGUGCUCUCACCUGUUCAGGUGAAGACAUGAUCUCACAGCUACACACAUUCCAGGAGAUGCUCAUGGUGCUGCAGGACUGUUUUUGGGAACCCAGAAGCUUUUUUUUCUUGGAAAUACGUUCAUUUUCAUGGCAACUCAGUAUAAUUAACCUGAUGAAACUUGAACCAUGCUGGAGUUCAUGUAAAGCGUUAUUGUGAAAUCUGAGGCAGAAAACUCAGUGAUGAUUCAUUUUGAACCCUUGGCCACAGCAGCUCUGAUCACUUUGGCUGAGUGACAUUCCAAAGACUCGUUCCAAAAAGAAAAAACUAUUGUAUUAGUAAAGCUUGUAGAAAACUGAGUUAAAAAUAUAACUGAUGAUGGAUGCAACACAACUAUGCUGAAUCUGAGCAACGGUUACAAGUCCUGCUCUGAAAAACAACAAACGCCCCUGAUAUCACUGCAGCUCAUUUACCACAAGUGCCUAAACAAAGUUUGAUGAACAACUACUGUAAACUGCUUUCAUUUAAUAGUUCUAGUUCCUUUUAUACUCCUAGAUCUGAUGACUCGGCGACACAGCUAUCACUGCGGUGGCUAGUAAUAGGCUGGCCUGGUUACAGCGGUAGACCUUUUUCCCAAAAAACAGAAACCUGUCAGGGAGGAGUAAACUGGAAACUGACUUUUGAAUAUAACUAUGGCUUGGCUGAGUCUUAAAACAUAACAUAGACAGCCCCAAUCAAUGUAGCAUGUUACUUUUUAGAAUGAACAGCGGCGGCUGUCUCCAGUGCGGUCUGAGACACUUCCAGUCUGAAUAUCUGAAUAUUUAAUGAACAGUUAUAAAAGAAAAGCUUGUAAAAUAAGAUUUACUGAUAUAUUUGAUAAGAUCUGUGGUUGGAAAGCAACACUCCAUCAUGUGAUCCCACUCUGACCUGCACUUUGCUUCUCCAACUAGAGCCAGUAUACAAUGGGUACGGAUUGGUAUUCAGACCCCAUCCAUGUUUCACUCAGCCAUUUGCUAAUUCAGAUUCAAUUCAAAGAUACUUUAUUAAUCCCACGGGGAAAUUAGAGUUUCAGUACACACAAUUCAGAGAUCAGACAUACAUAGGCAUAGACACAUGACAAGAACUGGUGACUGUGGUCAUUCGCAACCCUGAGAUACCAUAAUAGAGAUCAGAGGGUUUAUAUGAGGAUUGGUUCAGGUGGAGGAAAAAAAGGCACUUUAGAGUUACCCUCCACAGAGAGGGCAGCUUUGCUAUGCAAAAAAAAAAACACCUCAGACAGAGAUGCAACAGACUUCAGACAACACACAACAUAAGUGUCCACUAGGUGGGGGGGUGGGUUUGGGACUCUCCACACGUCAGUUCCUGCAGCCCAGAUAAGCAGCGCACGUCACCUCAGUGUGGACAGGUGAAGGAGGUUGUUGAGGUUUGGAGGGCACAGUGACUCCUGGAAUGAUUAGGCGGCCUUCACAGCCCGCAGUCCCGCCCAGGCUGGGAUAGGAGACAGAGUUGCCAUAGCGACGGCAGCAUUCCACAUGUCUUCUGACGGGGGAGUAUCCGUUGCAGCCUCACAGGCUCAAGGGCACCAGAUUCAGAUUAGAAAUUGUUUUGGGGCCAGACAGAGAUAAUUUCCUCUCUGUCUUAAAGUUCCUUGGUCCUCAACCUCUCAAAAUCCCAAUAAUGGCGUAAAUUAAUCUAUCCCAAACGUGCUGAUUCGCCCACUUUCUCCUUGACGGCAUCCAUCUUGUGUGCCAACGCAUGAAUCUCAGCCAAAGUUCCAAGCUUACGAUUCACCUUGACAAUUAUGUGAGUUUGUGAAUUCACAGCGCUGUGUAAUCCAUCCCUGAGCUCGGGGAGAGCGCCAAUAUUCCUCGACAGCUCGUUAAGCCAGGAAGCCUCCUAGGCCAAAGAGCAGGAAACCUGACACCAACACCACGAAUAUCCAGACGUCUUCAGAAUCCUCCACAGACAGCUGAGAGAGGCAAAUCAGGUUCCACUGUUUCCAGGAGUCCAUGAUAUGCCCAUAUGGCUCUGUCCCAGAGGGGCAUCCGGGAGCCCCUUCUCCCGUUCUCAUUGUUGAAAAAUCUUGUCAAUCGAGUUAAUUGACCAACUGACAAGAUCCAUUUUAGUAAUUCCAGUUUCCAGAAAAAAUGCAGAAGCAGCCGUGCACCCAAAGACAGACAACGAGCCUUGAGGGUAAGAUAGGGUGGAGAGGAGGAAAAAAGCGUCUGCACUCUCCAAGAGCCGGAAGAAUUAAAUAAAUUCAGGGCCUGAAUACUUAGGACCAUGUGCUAUUUCAGUUUUUCUUUCAUAAUAAAUCUGCAUACAUUUGUCAAAUUCAGUGUUUUUCUGUCAAUACGGGGUGCUGUGUGUACAUUAAUGAGGAAAAAAAUUAUUUUAUUCAUUUUAAUAAAUGGCUGCAAUAUGACAAAGAGUGAAAAAUUGACAGGGACUGAAUACUUUCUGUACCCACUGUAUCUUGAUUUAAUGGCUUUUUUUAACUUUAUUUUUCAUAAUGAGAUGGACUCGAUUUAUUUAGCAUUAGGUAUUGUUUCCAGUACCCUAAAGCCCGGUUCACCUUCUGGGUGGGUGUAGUCCUGAUCCAGGUGUUUAUAAGUCUUUUCAAAAGUGUUUUCCUAUUUUUCUUCUUUGUAAAAAGUGUUUCGGGCAAACAGGCUCGUUCACCGUGGUUAUCAGGAAGGAAGUGUCUGUUCCAGCCUUCCUUCUUCUAGUCGUAUUGCCCAUUUACAUCUUAGUUCUGUGUCUGUGGGAAAUGUAAAGGACACUGACGAUUUUGAUUUGGAACCAAAACACAGAGGCGAACUAUCGAGUCAGAUAUUUUUUUUGGGUGGUGAUAAUUUAGGAACUUAAAUAUCCAACAGCCGUCAUGUCUGAAAAGUUCUAUGUCCUUUUUUUGUCUGUUCCCAAUGAAAUGUGUGAAGGUGUGAAAAAGGUCUACAUGGACAGAUGCCACUGAAGUGAUAGCAACUUUUUAUUCUUUAUUUCUGACACUUGCCCGGUUACUGUUUAGGCUGAUUCUUCAGUAUUGCUCCAGUGUUGCUUUACUCAGGUAUUUGUUUUAUCCACUCAGGCUGGUUGCAUGAGUCUGUCUGCAUGCUGAAGACAUUCAUACAAGACUUUACUUUCUAAAACGACACAUAUGAUUAAAUGUCAAAGUGAUAUUUUUGUGCCGUAACUGCAACAGUACGUUUAGCUGUGACUGUUAAACGUUGUAUUUUUUAUGUAACCAGUCAGUUGUAGAGUGCAUUACCUUUCAACUUGCUGUUUGUGCCUUUAUAAAUGAUUGUCGACCGUUUGAGGCCGUGAAAGCUUCUGUAGUGUCUUAAUAAAUGUCGAUGCUCUGGCUAGCUCUGCAGGUGCAUGUAAUAAAAACAAACAUGAUCUAAGCUUGGGCUGCUGUCUUUCUAAUCACCUGCCAUUCUGGAAUCAGCUUUUCUAAUAGCAGGAUGCUAAAAUAGAAGAAGAGACUCCCUCCUUUCUAGAGACCCAGUGACAUCACAGCUUCUAAAGAUGAUCAGGUCCUAUCAAUAA